AUUAAUUAAUUCAAUUAUUAUUAUUAUUUUAAUUAUUUUUUUGGGUGUUGAUGAAAAGUUGCGUCAGACAGCCGACCAGUCACUAUCGUAAAUCACAGUGUGAUCACGAAUCCGCAAACGCAAAAUGCCAGAAUAAAUAUUAAAUUCCAUUCGACGUCUUGAAAAUUAAAAAUAUUUCGGUCAUAAUCUUGGUCUUGCCGGAAAAAAUUCAAAGAAUACGUGAUUCUAAUCACACGUGCCCAGCCAUAUCAUACUUUCUUUCCGGUAGUUUUUUAUCAGCAAUUUUAAUAAAUAUAAUAAUAUCUGUAUUGUAGUUUACGUUCAACACGUAAAUUCUUGUCGCGUAAUUGAAUGUUUUGAAUCUAAAUUAUUCUGAAUGAAAAAUUGUAAAGCACUUAGCGACGUGUGUCUCAGACUCUGUUCACAGAAAUUUGAGUGGGUGUUAUUGUUAUUGUUUCACUAUAAACUUGAGUAACAAGCGGUUUUCUUUCUACUGGUUGCAGUCGAAUAGUGCUGUUAUAGAAAGAAUCCUAUACAUCUGUGAAAUACAACCACCGUUCAAAAGAUGAUCCAGAAAAUCAUUUCGUCCACCGUCAAAACGGUAUACAGAGUGACAUGCAUCAAAUUUAAAGAAGACAAAACAUACAGGUAAGGUUAGGUAAAUACAUAAGUAUAUUUAAUUAGGUUUUUAGCAAUUGGAAUAAAAUUUUAAACUAUGUGUAGUUAUCAAGUUUUUUUUUUAGAUUAUACAAUUUGAAAUAUUUCUCAUGUUAAAAAUUGUUAAAUUAUUUUUUAAUUGCAGAUUAAUUCCUGGAACACUGAUUGCACUGAGCAUGUCAUACUGCACUGUAGCAGCAAAAUCAUUGACUGUUAACAAAUUUAUGGCUGACACUGUUACAGACUUGAAAACUUUAGAAAGUAGACCUAAUGAUAUGAAAACUAUAAUGGAACUAAUGAUCAUGGACAUUCAAGUGAAUUAUAAAAUAAUAUUAUUUUAUGGCAUGACUAAAAUAUGCUAAAAUAUCCCAAAAUAUGUUAAAUAUUCUCUUUUUCUUAAAAUAUUCUCAAAUAUACAAAAAAAAAAAUGUUCCUAUGAAAAAUGUGUUAAAUAAAUUGACCAAAUCUUUUAUUCUCAUAGGACUGUAUAUAUACUGUCAAAAUAUGUUUUUGCAUUAAAGUUCACACUCUACAUAUAACUAAUUUAGAUAUAAUCUUUUUAGGCAGAAUUUUGUCGAGCACUUGAAAAGGAAGAACCUGAGAAGAAAUUUCAAGUAGAUCGAUGGUUAAGACCUGAAGGUGGAGGUGGAGUCACAUGUGUAAUGCAGGAAGGAGAGGUUUUUGAUAAAGCUGGAGUAAAUGUAUCUGUAGUACAUGGUAACUUACCUCCCAGAGCAAUAGAUCAGAUGAGAGCUAGGUAAAUGUAAACUAUCUAUACCUAAUUAUAAUCACUAUCAAAUUGUUUUAUUAAAAUUUUGUGUGUUUUAGAGGUAAAAAUUUUAAGGGUGGCCAAGUACUUCCAUUUUUUGCUGCGGGUGUUAGUGCAGUAAUACAUCCACGCAAUCCUUAUGUACCUACAAUUCAUUUUAAUUAUAGAUACUUUGAAGUUACUUUACCUGAUAAUACAAUAGAGGUAUAUACUUGUAAUAAGUAUCACUAUUUUUAUUAUCAUUAAAUACUAAGUUAAUAGUACUAGUAUUGUAAUUCAUAAUCAAUGUUUUAUUAUUUAAGAUUUAAAUUUGUGUCAUAAUUUUAUAUAUCGGGUGAUUCACUCAACUGGAAACAUUCUUUAUGUCAGACAAUAACUUUGGGAAUUUUAAGUUCGGAUCAUUAAGAGGAAUCAAUGGUCUGUCUGUGAACAAUUUUUCUACCAGAAAUCUUGUUCAAAUGUAUAAAAUGUAGCAAUUUAUUGAAAGAUAAUUUUCAUUAGUUAGUGAAUUGAGGAGGUCAUUUUUUUAUUUUUCUAAGGGGUUUUCAAAAUAAUUGGGAAAAACUCGAAAGAAAAUUAUAGGUAUAAUAACAAAUAUUUAAGGCACGCAGGCGCUACUGUUCAAUGUUUUUAAUUUUUGUUCGCAAUGUUUUCUACCUGAAAUAUUAUUUCAAUUAAAAAAUGACAAGAGAUCAAUUUUGUUCCUUUUAAUAUAUAGCCACUUAUAGAUGAAGUAAACUUUUGAUAUCUAAAGUAGUUUUCAUAAUUUGGAAGAACCAGAAAAUACAAAUUUUUUUUAUAAGACAAGCAGCUUUACAAUUUUAUAUUUAUAUUAUUUUUGAAAUCCUCAUUUUAGAAUUAAAAUUACUUUUUACUUUAAAUUUUUAAAUAGCCACCUUUAAUAAAAAUUCCAUAAAUAUAUUGAGUAUUAGUUAAAAUACAUUUUCGUGGUGACAUUUUUUAUUUCUGUCAACUUAUUCAUGAGAUACUUAAGUUGUAGUAAGGGGAAGAGUAGUGGUGCAUUAUUAAAACGUUGUGUAUCGUGCCCUCACGAAAUGCAUCACUAUUCCCCCCUUCUACUGAAAAUAUGUUUUAAGAUAUAAAUGUUAAGUGUUAAUGACACAGGUUUGCCUACAUUAUAAAUUUCCUAAUUUAAAAUUAUGUUUAUUAUGAUUACAGUGGUGGUUUGGUGGUGGUACUGAUUUAACUCCAUAUUAUCUAAAUGAAGAAGAUGCUGUUCAUUUUCAUCGUUCAUUAAAAAAUGCUUGUGAUCAACAUGACAAAACGUAUUAUCCAAAAUUCAAACGCUGGUGUGAUGAUUACUUUAACAUACCACAUCGUGGAGAACGGAGAGGUGUUGGUGGUAUAUUUUUUGACGAUUUGGACACACCAUCUACUUUUAAUUUUGUAAAGAGUUGUGCCAAAGCAGUAAUUCCUUCUUACAUACCACUAGGUAUUAUAAUACUAAACAAUUUUUGAAUAUUGUAUAAAAUAUUAAUAUUACCAUUUAUCUAUCCAUAGUACAAAAACAUAAAAAUGAUGUGUAUAGUGAUAAAGAAAGAGAAUGGCAGUUAUUAAGACGUGGACGAUAUGUUGAAUUUAAUUUGAUUUAUGAUAGAGGUACAAAAUUUGGUCUUUAUACGCCCGGCGCCAGAUAUGAAAGUAUACUCAUGUCACUUCCCUUAUCUGCAGUAAGUUUUAUUAUAUCUGUAUUCAUGUCUAAUGUGUAGGUAGUAAUAAUGCUAUAAAAAAUAAUUAUUAAUAAAUUGUUGUUAAAACUUAUAAUUAAGGUGUUAUAAUAUUCAUUUUUAGUUUCUUCUCUAAAAUUUAAUUUAAUUGUUAAUGAACUAAUAACUAGAAUAGCCUUAAACUGUUUCAUUAACUAUAAUUUUUUAAGAUUUAAUAUAAAAAAAUUUUUAACUAUGAUUUUGACAAUUUUUAGUAUUAAAUUACGAAAACAUGAGUAUCGGUGAUAUUAAGGCCUAGAGCUCUCAAGUCCAUGUAAACAAAUAUAAUAUUAGGUAUAUAAAAUAUAUAUAAUAGCUUAUGUAUAGUGAAUAUGUAGGUUCCAUUCUUAUCAAGAGGGUAGAAGAUCAUAUUUUUUUAAUAUAGGUCAAUGACAAUCCUUGGUUUAUACAACUAUUUUAUGAUAAUUUAAUGUUAUUAAGUGCUGCUAUUGUUCAUGUGCUGGCCUAUAUGCUAUAAUCUAACCGCUAGAUUGACACAUGCAUUAUAUGUACCAUUCCAUCCUUCUACUAGUAUUUUUAAUCACAUGUGCGAUGGCACAUAUUAAAAAUACACUUGUGUGCAUCUAACCAUAGAUAUAUCAAGCCAUACAAGCUUAAGAUAGUUAAUCACUUUUGAGACACAAUCUCACACAAGUGAGAUGGCUUUCAAGAAGAGUUUUAUUAAGGCUAUUUGAAUUGUGCAACGAGCUUAAGAUAUUCUUCACUAAACAACCAGUUUCUGCAUCUGUUGGUAUUUUUUGUUAUCAAACUAGGAUUCCAGUAGAAAAAUUAUAAUCAAUUAAGGUUCUAUGGCAAAAAAAAAAAUUGGGAACCUCUGAACUAAUGUACGAUAAUCAAAAUUGCCGUUUUAUUAUUAGUUAUUAUAUUAUUUUAUCUAAUGUGUACAAAAUUAUCAUACACCUUAUAAAUUAUAAGUUAAUACAGUUUUUAGUGAUCAUUAACAAUAUCUUAAAUUAUUUUGAAUAAAACUGGAUUACAAUUUGUGUGGUUUGUUCCAAUUAUCGAAACUAAUUGACAUGUUUGAAGUUAUGUAAGUUUGUUAAUAUAGAUAAUAUCAAAAAUGUAGAUCUAUUAAAAAAAAAAUCACAGAAACAUACACACUUUAUUCCUGAUGUAAUAAAAUUCUUGAUAACAUAUUAACAUACAAUGUAAUUAUUUCCUGAGUCCAAUACAAUGUAAUAAUUGUACGGAAUGGUCCACCUUCCGCCCUAUUUUGUUGCAUUAUUGUCUUAUGUUUUACUGCAACUUGUGAUGUAUACAAUAUACAGAAAGCUUGUCUUAAUACAAGUUUUAUGAUAAUAACAUAUGUACAGCAGUAAUUUUUUUUUAAUAUAACAUUAAAUAAAUAAUAUUUAAUUGACAUCUUUACAUAAUUUAUAACAACAGUAUACAUUACCAAAAAGUGCAUUAGUAUAUUUUUUUAUUUUUUGCAUUUAUAAUUUAUGUUAUUUUUAAUUUAUUUUAUUUUUACAGAAUUGGAAGUAUAUGCACAACCCUGACUCCAAUACUAGAGAAGGAAAAUUAACAGAAGUCUUACGAAAUCCUCGAGAUUGGAUUAAAAUUGAUUGAAAUAAACCAAUAUAUUACCAAAUAUAUAAUUUCUACAAGUUAUUAUGAUAGUGAAACAUUUGAAAUUAUAUUUUAUACAAUUUAGGUAAAAAUUCUUAAAUACUACAUUAUCAAAAAUAUAAUUAAAGAAUAUACAGCUGGUGUGUACUACAUUUUAAUAAUGGUAUUUAAU